AUAAUAGCAAACAAAAGAACAAGAAUAAAUAAGAAACAAAAACAUCAAAUUUUCUUCGGAAAAUCAGAAAAAAUUUUGAUCAGUGAAAAAUUUAAUGUGAAUUAAUCCCACUUUAAAUCGGAAAAAUAUGGAUGUAGAUGAACAAAGUGAACAACCAGAAACAAGCAGUUCAGAUGCAACAGCCAGUGGACAAGAAAUUGCGUCUUCAAGCAAUGGAGAAGCGAAUCCACCAGUAAAUGAAACCUCUAAGGUGAAGGAAGAAGUUACAGCUUCUUCGAGUAAUAUUGCUACAACAACUGCAGAGCCUGUCGCUGCUGAAGUCAUUAUGGUAUCACAAGCCGCUGAACAAGAAAAUAACCACCGGGAAACUUCGAAUGUAUCGCAGGAAGUAGAACCACAAAGGAUAAAUGACGGCGAAAGUGCAAAUGUAUUAGCUGCAAGCAUAGACGAGGAGGAACAUCAAAAUGAACAACAUAUUGAAAAUGCUGGCAUCGAUCCCAAUUAUCCCUUGGUUUUGGUGAGACGUGUAUCCAUACCCUCAUCUGGCGACAGUCCCAGAGCUGAAUCAUCAGCAGAGAACAAUAAUGAUAACGCCGUUGCAAUGGAUGAGGAAAAUGAUGCCGGUGCUGCAGGAGGAGAAGAUAUUAUAGUGCAAAGACGAUCUCCAGCUGAUAUUGUAGCUAUCUUUAACUCCAUAUCAGCAGCUGGCAGUGAUAAUGACGAUGACGACGAAGAGGAUGAUAAUGAAGAUGUGGAAGAUGCCUGGUCCGAAGAGGAUGAAGAUGAGGCUGCCUUUUUGGAAAAUCCUAAUUUUCGUGGUUUUGCCAAUCAAUUUGAAGCCAUUAGAAAUAUGAUUGCACAUACCAGACGCAGUAUGGCUGAGGCAGAAGCUAAUUUUGGACCAAUACCUCGCAAUUCCCUAAUGCAACGUUUUCGUCGCAUACUCUUUAUUCUAAAUAACCGUCGAAGACGUCUCAUACGUUUAGGCCUUACCACACCAGACGUGGAGUUACCCGAAGCCGAAGCAAAUGCCGAAAUGGAAACCGCAAAUGAGGAUACUUCUGAUAAUGAUGAUGUGGAAAGUGCACAAAGUCUUAACAACGAGGAGGCCAACAAUUUGACAAUGGAACAGGAAGAGGAAUUAAACGAAAAUGCCGUACGUUUCGAUACCAACCUACCAGCUGAACACUCAUACAUGGGCACCAAUAUGAAUCGUGUUUCUGGCGUGAACUAUUUAGAAGUGGAUCAAUUUGUUAAAUUACGUUUAUUUAUACAUCAGCAUGUUUUAUUUCCGGGUGAAGUUUUGCCAUUUAUGGUCGAUAGUUCUACAACCAUAAUUGAAGGCGACGGUGAUGCACAGAACGGUAUACUAUUUGGUGUUUGUUUUCCUUGCUUGAGCAAUAAUAAAACAACGGCAAACGGAGAUGCAAAUGGUUCAGCGUCCGAUGAUAAAGAUCAACUUUUGUACGGUGUAACAUGUCAGAUUUAUGAGUUGGGCGAAGACGAUCGCAGUAAUACAUUGAUUAAGUCCAGAGCCUUGCAAAGAUUCGUUACUAAAGCUAGUGAUUUGACAGUACCCUUGGAAUAUAUAAAUUCACAUCCGCGCAUGAAAUGCUAUGGUUUCGUUAAGAUAUUACCCGACAUUUAUUUGUCCGACCCUUUGAAAUGUAUUAAUAUGGGUUCAAUGAAUCGUUUCCGUGACAACACCUCAAUGCAGGACAUGUACAAACGUUUUCAAGCUGCCACCACACCAUGGCCAGCACAUGUCUAUGAAACCCACAAUAUAUCAAAUAUUGUUGAAAAAGCACGUACACAAUUGGCACAACACAAAAUCGAUACAAUGCCCAAUGAUCCCACCCAAUUGUCAUAUUGGUUAGUGCGUAAUUUACAUUUACCCGAAGAUAUGUUGAAAUCGGUAUUUCUAGCAAAUACAGUUAAUACUCGAUUGAAACUUAUAGCCAGCACUUUUAAAAAGGCAACCAUAUUUAGUUGCCGCAAUUGUGUUAUCCAUAUAGCCGACUGCCGUGAAUUGUUUGCCAUGUCUAAACAUGGUGUGCAAUCGCAAUACUGCAAUUCUGCGGGCUAUAUACAUGAAACUAAUACGCUUUAUCAGGUUAAUCGUCAAAAUAUUUUAUACAGCGGUUUACCUUCAACUGAAUAUAGUUGGUUUCCCGGUUAUCAGUGGCAUAUAAUUGUGUGCAAAAUAUGUAAACAUCACUUGGGUUGGGAAUUCAAAGCGGUGGAACCUAAUCUAAUACCCAAGCAAUUCUUUGGUAUCUCAUCGUCCAGUGUUCGUGUACGUUUGGCCCAGGAUCGCAACGAUGUACCAGUGCAAAAUGCUGUUUAUAUCAACUUUUUGCGUCUCAUGAAUGCCGGAAUGAAUGAAUUGCGUGAAGCCCGCAACAAUAUGCCCAACAUAUGAAAUUCUUUUAUACGAAAAUGUUGGUCAUGUUGUUGUAGCUGUUGUACUAAAUGAACAAAAAACACCACAUAUGUAUCUAAAAUGACUGACAUUUUUAUUCGCCGCAAUAAUAGCAAGAAACUAAAUAUUUGUUUUUUUUUUAAAAAAUUUUUCGAUUCUGUUAGAAUGUACCGUAACAAGUUCUGUUUUGUCGCGUAAUCAAAAAAAAAUAAAAAAUAAUUAAAAAUCUAAAGAACAAAUGAAUUUACAGAAUGUGUGUAGAAAAUGAAAACAAAAAUAUUAUUUAGAUUAAGCGUUUUCUCUCUUUUUUUUACUACUAUUAAUGUCUCUAGAAAUAUUUUUUUUAACAAAAAAUACUUUUCACAAAUAUUAAAAAAAUAUAAAGAAUA